CAAGAAGGGACAGCCAAUCCGCCACGACGAGGGGGGCCGUCCGCCCAAUGGAGACUCACCGAGGGCGGGGCCAGGAGGCCAGCGGCGACGGUGGCAGUGGUGGAGGUCCUGAGAGCCGGCAACCGCGGAGAAGGCAGCGGGAGGGCCCGGCGGCUGCGCGCGAUCCUGCCCUGGGAGACUCGGACAUGUGCGAGGGGCCCACCCCUGAGUCCAGAUGAUGUUCGCGCCGAUGGCUUCGGUGAUGGCAGUGACUGAACCCAAAUGGGCCUCUGUGUGGGGCCGCUUCCUGUGGGUGACGCUGCUGAGCAUGGUGCUGGGGUCCCUGCUGGCCCUGCUGCUGCCGCUGGGGGCCGUGGAAGAGCACUGUCUGGCCGUGCUCAAGGGCUUCUACCUGUUUAGGAGCAAAUGGGACAGGGCGCAGCAAGCCGUCACCAAAUGCACCAGCCGGUCCACGGAGCUCAGUGUCACCUCCAGGGACACAGCGCAGCUGGUGGUCAAGACCAAGGCCUCUCCAGGUAAGUUGGAGGCCAGAGCAGCCCUGAACCAGGCCCUGGAGAUGAAGCGGCUGGGUAAGCGGGAGAAAGCCCACAAGCUCUUCCUGCACGCCCUCAAGAUGGACCCGGACUUCGUGGACGCACUCACCGAGUUCGGCAUCUUCUCGGAAGAGGACAAGGACAUCAUCCAGGCAGAUUACUUGUACACCAGAGCGCUGACCAUCUCGCCUUACCACGAGAAGGCGCUGGUCAGCCGGGACCGGACGCUGCCGCUGGUGGAGGAGAUCGACCAGCGCUAUUUCAGCAUCAUCGACAGCAAAGUGAAGAAGGUCCUGUCCAUCCCCAAGGGGAACUCGGCACUGCGCAGGGUCAUGGAGGAGACCUACUACCACCACAUCUACCACACGGUGGCCAUCGAGGGCAACACCCUCACCCUCUCGGAGAUCAGGCACAUCCUCGAGACCCGCUAUGCCGUGCCGGGGAAAAGCCUGGAGGAGCAGAACGAGGUCAUCGGCAUGCACGCGGCCAUGAAAUACAUCAACACCACCCUGGUCUCCCGCAUAGGCUCCGUCACCAUCAGUGACGUGCUGGAGAUCCACAGGCGGGUACUGGGCUACGUGGAUCCAGUGGAAGCUGGCAGGUUUCGGACGACACAGGUCCUGGUGGGCCACUAUAUCCCUCCACACCCGCAGGAUGUGGAGAAGCAGAUGCAGGAGUUCAUACAGUGGCUCAACUCCGAGGAUGCCAUGAACCUGCACCCGGUUGAGUUUGCAGCCCUAGCCCAUUAUAAACUCGUUUACAUACACCCUUUCAUUGACGGCAACGGGAGGACCUCCCGCCUGCUGAUGAACCUCAUCCUCAUGCAGGCAGGCUAUCCCCCCAUCACCAUCCGCAAGGAGCAGAGAUCCGAGUACUACCACGCGCUGGAAGUUGCCAACGAAGGCGACGUGAGGCCUUUCAUCCGUUUCAUUGCCAAGUGUACUGAGACCACCCUGGACACCCUACUUUUUGCCACAACUGAGUACGCGGUGGCACUGCCAGAAGCCAAACCGAACCACUCUGGAUUCAAGGAGACACUUCCUGUGAAGCCCUAACCUUGUAAAUUCUACCUUGGUGACAAGGGACAGCUGAAGGGGGGGACAGGAAUCAAAUUUAACAUUUCUAGAAACAGUCAUAUCCCAGAGCAAAGGGAGACUUUAAGCAUUCUUUACCUCCAAAGAAAUUUUUUUUAGUUAAAACUAAAUUAUUAAGCCUUGUCUCUAAGAUAAUUUAUAGUUCAGCCAAGUUAUUUAUUUUCUUUUGAACAAGUUAGUUCAUAUGGCGUGGUGUCUGCUGUGUCUGUGCUGGUGGCCACUGUUUGGGUGGUCUCAGCAAGCUUUAGGGACAGCAGUGCACCUGUGACCAGAACAUGAGUUCUGGAGCAGAAUUUGCACUAAGGGCAGGGACAGAGGCCAGGAGCUGGAGGUGAGGUCCAGAGGCCUAAGAAUGACUCCUCUAAAUCUUUCUCUGAAGCUGGCCAAGAGGUUCUGCGACUUUAGCUGGGGAGUGUGCACUCCCGGGAAGAACCCUGUCUGUCUGCCUUUGAGAAAUGACCGGGAAACAAGCUGUCCUAGAGGUUUCUGUGCUCUACAAGGUCACUGCGAUGACUGACCUUCACUGGGAGGGCCACCUUCUGAGAUAUGAAAAGGAUACUGACAUUUCAAGGUAGACACCUCAUUUAUUUCCAGAAAGAUUCCUCGAGCCAUAGUUACUUUGCAAACUUUAGAUGCCAGAGGCUAUUUUCCCAUAUCGAGACUAUUUUUCUAAUUGAGUGUGGGGGGUGGCCGGCUUGGUUUUCUUAGUAUAGGGACGUUUCUCUUAAACUUCAUUUGCAGCCAUUCAGACCAGAUGUUUCUUAAAAAGUCCUCUGGGUUUGUCAGCCAACAGCUGCAUGGUACUGCACACUGGGUAUUAAGUUAGCGGGCAAGCCUGUCUUCAGCACAGUUCCUCCUUUCCAACUUUUCUGUAGGUAGAUGUGAAAGAACAUAGCUGAGAAAACAUGCCACAUUAACACCAAGCAGGCACUUCCGACAAUGAAUUAGAGCACCAGUUUAUACGGAACCAAGCAAAAAGCUUUGACCACAAACAGUGUAUCCCUUCUAUGGUGUAGUUUUAUCCACUUUACAGCACAGACACCCCCCACCUCCCACAGCCAUUACACUGUGCAGCACCCCGACAGGGAGGCAGAAGAGAUGGCCUCAAAGCGGCCUUAUUUUCCUAACGACCUAUAAAGUGGAAUGUGUGACAUGGCCAGCUUGCCUGUUGUCAUCUUAUGGAAGUAGAAGGAAUCUCCUCUUCCAAUCCUAAGUGGCUAUUUAGACAGAGUGGCUGGAAAUCCCCGGGUUCCUUUCCCAGGGAAGUAGCCCAGGUAUCUAGAACGGUCUUGCCCUCUGUCAGUGUGUGGAGGACAGUGAAUCUACACAGUGUUGUCUGUCUGAGGAUUCAGUUCCAGAUAGUAAUGAGGACACAACUAUAAUGUAGCAGGUGGGUUUUUUUAGUUACUUGGUUGUAAUAAAGAGCACAGAGUCAUUUUCUACAAAGAAAAAUAAUUGAAAAAAUGUCCGGAAUGGCUCCAACUCAGUUACUCGAACCUUUGUAGAAAUGUUUGCAUACCUUUACGCUGCAGUGAGGUAUUUCUUAAACCUUAACUCUUGUCUUGGUUUUCUAAACACAGCAGGGAAGUCUGACCGAAGACUUGCUUUGUAAUGACAGACUGCACUUUAGCUAUACAUGAAGGAUAUUAUUUUAACAAAUGACUGAUUCUAAUAAAGUAUUUUAUUACAUAAACAUCUGAGACUUUGCUGUCUUUAUUCAAGAGUGGUUCCCCCCUGCCCUAAAGGAUGAAGGGAGUAUACUGAACUUUCACCCUGUUCUUCACAUUGUUCUGGGAGAACAGAUCCAAGAUGACAUUUCAACAGGCAAACAAGACAGAACUAGCUGGAUAAACUGCCUGCCUGGGCAGACGGGUGAAUUACUGCUUUUUUUCUAAACUCAAAUAACUAGCUGCUCAUUACUUACCAUCAUUUCUUGCUUUUCCUAGAGAAAGCACAUAAACCCAAAUGAUCCUGGAAAUCGGCUUUUAGGCUAGUCGACACCCUGAAGUGAGAGUGGGUUUGGGUUCAAGUCUGAAAAGGCUCAUCUCUGCACUGAUAUUCGAGAGUAUGAAAUAAGGUCAGAGUCCUGGCCAGCAGCAAGAGAACUAAACCAUUCUGUGAAGCAGCAAAAAGUAAAGCCACCUUAACCUGACGUGACAGAAAUUUUCAUGGCUGUUCAAGGGCCAGGCCCCAGACCAGCAGGGCCCCCUCUGAGCUCACCACCUACUGACUGGGCUUCCAAGCAGCCAGCAGAGAAUUCAACAAGACCUGGUGUCACAGCAAAGGUUCUUACUGCUGCCAAGAGCUGCUGCUUGAAUGACUUCAGAGAUUAUGCCUAGUUAAACAAAAAAAAGUUUGUGUUAAAAAGACAAAGACAGGUGGUGUGGAAUAUACAGCUUAAGACUUGAGAAACUUAACAAGAGGGCCUGCAGGUGACAUGGUGGUUAAGAUGCUGGACUCCCAUGUGGCCAACCUGCGGUUCAA